CAUUUUAGGGUGCUUUUUGUUAAAACGGCCAUUGUCUCCUUCGCACUUUCUUCCUCUUCGUCUUCGUCAAUAUCAACAUCAUUUUAUUCUCUGUAGCUGAAUUUUGGUCAUGAAAUUCGAAUGAAAUCAACUUAAGAAUGCAUAUUUUUCUUAUAAACGAAGAUAAUUCGGAGAUUUUUUUUUCUUGUUUGUGAAAAAAAAUGAUUUUUUUAAUUAUGAAAUUAGCGUGAUUUUUGAAGGAUUAGGUUUUCAAUUUCAUGGUGUAUAUAUAGAUAUAUAUAGAGAGAGAAUAUCAUGAUGUCGGGGAAUCCACGGCCACUGCAGGCGCGUCCGUACGAAGAUCACGGGCCGUUACAGUCGAUACAGAUGGAGGAGGAGGAGGAGGAUGACGACGGCACGUAUGAGGAUUAUGGAGGUGAAGAAACUAUGGAUGAGGCGGAGGAAAUACGGACGAAGGUUUUAAAUCACCAUCAAUAUGGAGGAGGCGGUGGAGUUGUGGAAGUUUCUAGAAGUAGUGAGCUUACUCUUGCUUUUGAAGGUGAAGUGUAUGUUUUCCCUGCAGUCACUCCUGAGAAGCUCCUCAGAUGAAAAGAAUCAGAAAUAGCCAAGAAAUCUUGGGGUUUCAUUUUUCAUAAAUGGUGCUUCUCAUCCAGAAGGCAUGUUUACUGAAAUAAUAAUGGUGUCUCCAUAUUACAUGGUGCAAGCAGUGCUCUUGCUAUUGGGGGAAUGUGACAUUCCUACUGCCGUGCCCACUGUUGAAGUUCCUUUCGACAACACGGUUGAGGAUUUUCCAAAGCAAGUUAAUCUUUCAAGAAGAUUUGCCUCCUUGGUUAGAUUCCGAGAGAAGCGAAAGGAGAGAUGUUUUGACAAGAAAAUUAGAUAUAGUGUCAGGAAGGAGGUUGCUCAAAGGAUGCAUCGGAAGAAUGGUCAAUUUGCAUCUUUGAAAGCAAGUUCUGGAUCUUCUAGCUGCGACUCAGCCAAGAGUAGCCUUGAAGGAGAUGGCACUCAGCAUUCUGAAACUGUUCCUGGAAAGUGUCACCAUUGUGGUGUGAGUGAAAAUUGUACGCCAGCAAUGCGUCGUGGGCCAGAUGGACCAAGGACGCUCUGCAAUGCAUGUGGACUAAAGUGGGCAAACAAGGGAACAUUGAGGGAUCUAAGCAAGGGAGCGAGGAAAAUAUCUGUUGAACCAAAAGAACUGGGAACUCCCGACAAUCCCAUGAAGGCAUUUGCUGAAGGAUCUCUUGAUCAGUGUGCUGAUGUAGAAAAGAAUCUAUUCGGCGCUGGGAGCAAUCUUGCAAAUGAGAUACCUGUGGGUAUCAUUAGUCCUUCUUGUAAUCUUGUUGAGCAGGAAACUCUAGUUGAUAUUGGAAAUGCUUCCAAAACUGAAAUUGACAUUCCUGCAAAUUUUGACUAGUUGACAGCCCAUAAUUAUUGUUGUAACAUACCCCGAUUGCAGUGACAUCUCCUUUUCCAGAGAUAUAUAUAUUACCAUUUCAAACUAACCCUGUUAAUUUGGAAUGGAUCCAUGCAAGUGUAAGUGUUGAUGCUUGUAAAUGAGUAAGUAAUACUAUAUAUUGGUGCCUAGCCAAUACAUACUAGUGUGAUUAAUUGCUUCCUGUACAUCAUGAGCUAGAUAUAUAUUAUAUAUAGUUUCACUCCGUGUACAGUAUAGUUUAACAGGUUUGCUAAUGCUGAUGAUCUCAUGUUUCUUGCAAAA